UGAUCUCUCAGUUUUAGCGCGGAUUUUAGACGGAUUAGCCGGCUAGCAGAAGACUUUUCUCCCGAGCGAUUUUCAUCGUCAUGGAGAUGCCUCAAAGUCUUCCAGCCAACAGCACACACAGUGCGGAGGAUAUAAAACCCUCAGAAAAAGAGGCAAAUAAACGGAAAGUCCCCAGAGAUGUUGAGAUGGACAUUGAAUACCUGUAUGAAGUUGUUCCUCAGCUCUCUAGAGUUUUCAGAAUUACCGAUAAAAUUGGAGAAGGUACGUUCAGCUCCGUGUACCUGGGAGAAGCGCAGAUGAGCGACGGGAUAAGAGAGAAGUUUGCUCUGAAGCAUCUGAUCCCUACCAGUCACCCAGUCCGGAUCGCCGCAGAGCUCCAGUGUUUAACUGUGGCCGGCGGUCAAGAGAACGUGAUGGGAGUGACCUACUGCUUCAGGAAGGACCACCACGUGGUGAUCAUCAUGCCCUACAUGGAGCACCAGGCCUUCAUGGACAUUGUGGAGACACUGAGUUUCGAGGAGGUGCGUCAGUACAUUUAUCAUCUCCUCAAAGCCCUGAAGCACAUACACAAGUUCGGGAUCAUCCAUCGGGACAUCAAGCCCACCAACUUCCUCUACAACCGGAGGGAGAAAAAGUACGCGCUGGUGGAUUUUGGCCUGGCUCAGGGAACUCCUGACACUCAGAUCGAGUUGUUAAAGGUGGUGAAAUCUCAGAAAGCUCAGAAAGAAUCACAGGGGAAACAGGCGCUGGUUCCUUUACCACCUAACACCAGGAGCUGUGCACCUCACACGUCCACUAAAGCUCCAGUGAAAAGACCGUGUCCAAACCAGCGCACAAAACACACCAAGGAGCUGAUGGGACUUUGUAAAACGCCUCGCUCCGUGUUCGGUGAGAGAAACCUCAACAGCGUCAACACUACUAAGACUCCCACGGAUAAAACUGAGGGACACAUAAUAAAACCUACGAAGACAGACGACGUCAUCGCACGCAAGCUCGUCUCCAUGAAACGCCGCACUCUUCCUGCUCGGGCUCCGGUGACCAACCAGAAGGCGAAACCUGUGACUCUAAACCCGUCUCUCACCUGCAACUGCUACAUGACUGACCGCAUCUGCAACAUCUGUCUGUCCAGGAAGCAGCAGGUGGCUCCGAGAGCUGGAACUCCAGGAUUCAGGGCUCCUGAAGUUCUGACCAAGUGUCCUGACCAAGGAACCGCUAUUGACGUGUGGUCAGCCGGCGUCAUCCUGCUCUCCCUCCUGAGUGGCAGGUAUCCCUUUUUCAAAGCCAGUGAUGACCUGAUGGCCUUGACGCAGAUCAUGACUAUCCGCGGCUCCAGAGAAACUGUGCAGGCAGCUAAGAAAUUCGGCAAGGCAGUGGUGUGUAGCCGCGAGCUUCCCCGACUCGACCUGAGGAUCCUGUGUGAGACGCUGAGAGGAGUGCGGUCAUGUGGGGACGACUCGCUGCCCCAGGAGUUUCAGGUCUCACGGCAUCCUGCGGAUGCUAAAAAAAGACAAUCUGGCAACCGAGCGGAGAAGAGGAACAGCACGGAUAAUGCCAGAGAAUCACAGACUGCGGGAUGGGACACUGUUCCUGAUGAGGUUUAUGAUCUUCUGGACAAACUGUUAGAUUUGAACCCAGCCACGAGAAUCACCGCGGCUAUGGCGCUGCAGCAUCCACUGUUUAAAGAUAUCAGGGAUUAAUACAGCUUUAACUAGCAGGUUAGUAGUAGUAGUAGUAGUAGUAGUAGUAGUAGUAGUAGUAGUAGUAGUAGUAAUCCUCAGGGAGAAAUUUUAACAGUUCUGAUUCUGUGAUUUAUCUGAACAUGGAGUGCAUUAGUUUUGUAAUAUUGUGUACUUUGUAUAUACAUGGUGUAUAUUUAUUUAUCUGAAUUGUUCAUGUUCAUGAACACGCCGUUGGUGCAUUCCAUUACAAUAACAUUUUAAUAAACG